AUAGCAUCGCAGCUAACCUGACUACACAAUAGGUACUUACUUCCAAGAUGGGAUCCCGCUUUAUGGGAGAAAUCUUUCAGCUUUAGCUGCGAAGCUAAGCGCAAGCAAGAUUGUUUUAUUGCGAUAGUCCUAACCCAGCAAUAUGUGUACCGUUGAAAAGAUCCUCAUCAAGGGCAUCCGCAGCUUUAGCCCCGACAAUGAGUACGUCAUCGAAUUCUACAAGCCGCUCACGAUCAUCGUCGGGUCGAAUGGCGCUGGCAAGACGACCAUCAUUGAGUGCCUGCGCAACGCCACCACGGGCGAGCUGCCGCCCAACACGCGGCAGGGGCAGGGCUUCGUGCACGACCCCAAGGUAGCGGGCGAGUCGGAGGUGAAGGCCCAAAUCAAGCUGUCCUUCCGCACCGCCACCGGGCAGCCCAUCUACGUCACACGCUCAUUCCAGCUGACCCAGAAAAAGACUGCUCUGCAGUUCAAGUCGCUGGACGCGGUGCUGACGUGUCGCAACCGGCUGACGGGGCAGCGCGAGAGCGUCACCUACCGCUGUGCGGACCUGGACCGCAUGGUGCCCACACUCAUGGGGGUGUCAAAGGCGGUGCUUGAGAACGUCAUCUUCGUGCACCAGGAGGAGUCCAACUGGCCACUGGCGGAGGGCAAGGUGCUCAAGGAGAAGUUCGACGACAUAUUCGCCGCAACAAAGUACACCAAGGCCCUGGAGGCCCUGCGCAAGCUGCGCAGCGAAAAGGCCCAGUCGCUGAAGGAGGGGCGGCUGACGCUGGAAACCAUCAAACAGGUUCGCGACAUGGCCUCCCACCACACCCGGGAGCGGGACGCGGCGCGGGGGCGGGUGACGGAGGCGCAGCAGCAGCUGGCGGGAUUCGAGGAGAAGGUCAAGGACCUGGACUCCCAGCGCUCCUCGCUGUCCUCCCGGCUGGCCGAGGUGGAGGCGCUGGCCCGGCAGCUGAGCGGGCGGCGGGGGCAGCUGGAGCAGCUGAGGAGCAUGAACAGGGAGCGGGAGGAGAGGUUCAGGGCCGCGGGUCGUGCCGACUUCGAGGAGAGCGACGAGGAGCUGCGGCGGCACCUGGCGGCCGCGGAGGCGGGGGCGGAGCAGCAGGCGGCGCGGCUGCGGCAGCUGGAGGGGGCGGUGGCGGGG